AAAAAAGUAUCCAAUGGGGAUGGGUCACUUGGCGUCUGUUUGAGGAUCAGACCCUCCUUCUUCUACAGUACUUGUUGCCUGGGAGAGGGCGCCGACUGCUUGAGGAAGCCGAGAAUGGAGAAGGCGAAAGAGUUUCUAAGAGUAUCUGAUGAACAGUCCAAUCUCGUUUCACGACUCAGUAUUCCUCCUCCCAGAGAAGGAGUCAGCUCAAGCUUCUACGAAGAUUUUGCCCUUAGAGGUAUUCGAGUCGACCGAGUCCAACCCGGUCUCGUCUCUUGCUCCUUCAAAGUCCCUCCUCGCCUAACCGAUAGGAAGGGAAAGCUGUCUGCGGGUGCGAUUGCGAACCUAGUUGAUGAAGUUGGUAGUGCUGUGAUUCAUGUGGAAGGUCUCCCCAUGAAGGUUUCAGUGGACAUGUCUAUUUCAUAUCUUUCAACUGCAAAUCUCAAUGAUGAGUUGGAAAUCACCUCAAAGGUUUUAGGUCAGAAAGGAGGUUACUCUGGAACAAUUGUUCUCCUGAGAAACAAAACAACUGGGGAGCUUGUUGCUGAAGGGCGGCAUUCGUUGUUCGAUAAACUUGCUAGCAAAAUGUGAAGCAAAUAGCACUCUGUCGCAUGUCAAUUCAUAUCGCACCGGAAAUUCAUAUUAGGACUAUACAUGGGUGUUCUCCAACUCAUGAACUAGUUGCUCUCUUCUUGUAUAUAUUUCAUGUGAUGUUAAGUGGUAGAUGUAUGGCCCAAAAAAACUUGAGUAUGGAUCUUUUAUUAUUGGUUUCGCAUGUUCAAUGUCAUUGCCAUAUAUUAAUCCUCGUUCAUCAAGCUUGUCGU